GGGAGGUCCCGGGGCCGCGACAUGGAGCCGGUGAGCGAGUGGAUCCACCACCGCUUCCCCGCGGUGCGGAGCCUGGGCACGGACGCGGUGGAGCAGCUGCUGCGGGAGGAUCGGGAGCGGCUGCUGCUGCUGGAUGUCCGCAGUCCGGCGGAGUAUGAGGUCAGUCACCUGGAGGGAGCCGUUCGCGUUGACCCCGAGACCACCGACAUGGAGCAGGUGGUCAGGGAGCUGGGUCCGGCAGCAGGCAGCUCCGACAGAGCCCUGGUCUGUUACUGUACUACUGGAUUCCACGCCUCCCAGAUGGCACAGAAGCUCUGUGAGUUUUUCGGCAGGGAUUCGGGUCCGAGCGUCCCGGGCACGCUGAAGGUUUACAACCUGGAUGGGGGCUUCCUGAAGUGGAACAAGGAGGGGAAGCCCAUGGUGGGCAGCAGCAAUCAGCUGACCCGCCAGGUCCACCCCUACAGCCAGCUCUGGGAACAGCUGCUGGAAGCUGACUUCAGACCGCCAGUGUGAGGGAGGUGGGGGCAGUGAGACCCGCUCUCCACUGCCAGCCUCUAGCAGACACCCUCCCCCCCCCCCCCGGCACUCUCUAACCCAGGGGUUCAGUACUUUGCACAGACCUCAUCUAUUUUCAAAAUUAACAACUGUUGAAGGAAAAUAAAGGAAAGCUGGUUUGUU